AAUGCUGCACUGACAUUGUCUCUAUUUAAACAUAUUCACUGGAGAGGAACGUUGAGCUUGGGUCUGACAAAGGUCUGUGACUGAAUUUGCUUCUCCUGCAUUCUGGGACCUGUGCGAGUACCUAAAGAUCAAGCAGUUUGGCCAGUCCAGUCAACACCAACUCGUACUGCCUGUAAUCCUAGAAACCUGACAACCAAAAACAAACUCCCUUCCUUGAAGCAACAUAAUAACCAGGACCACCUACAUGAUGAAAAAGCAGAUUACUAAUAUGACUGUAGCUAAAUUCAUGGGUAUUUCUCAGUGCCCAGCCUUCCUGGCUAAUGAAAUUACAAGCCAGCUGUCUCAUCCAAAGAAAAGCAUCAUGGGUCACUUUGUCUGGCAGUGUAUGGAAGUAAACAACACAUUCCUGAUGAAGAAUGCUGUAAAACUUUGUCAAAUACAACCUGACCACAAUAUCCUGGAGGUAGGGUUCGGGGCUGGUAUUGGAUUGCAUGAAGCCACAAAGUUUAUGACGGGCCCGGAGGGCAAGCUGUUUGGUCUGGACCCUUCUGAGUACAUGCACAAAGUGGCACAGGAGCGGCUGGCUUCUCACCUGGGUGCAGGUAAAGUGCACCUUCUGCGGGGGCAGGUGGAGAGCAUUCCCCUACCUGAUAAAUGCAUCCAUGGAGUCUACCACUCCAACUGCCACAUGUACUGGCCCGACAAGACUGCUGCUGCCACCGAGCUACUCAGGGUCAUGAAGCCAGGUGCAAGGAUGGUAGCCACAGUGGACAUGGCGGUCCUCAGGGGUGGGGUCAGGCAGGGCUUCUUCCAGGGCAUGUCUAUAGAACCAGAGCCUUACAUGGAAGCCCUGAAUGCCGUGGGCUUUGUGGAUGUGCACAAGGUAGAUAAGCAAGAUGGGAGCCGAAACUUCCUGGCCAUCUUUGCUACGGCUCCCCCCACCUCAGAAUGUUCCGGAGCACUGCGAAGCUACGCUGCAUUGAAUUGAAUUAGUCAUUUAGCAGACACUCUUAUCCCGAGCGACUCACGCAACUUAUUACAUAGCAUAAUUGCUCCCAUUUAUACAGCAGGAUGUAUACUGAAGCAAUACUUAACUGCCACCCACAUACACAUCACAGGACACAACAGGGCUCUGACAUCACUCUUAACACAACACAACAUCCUCAUCACUGGUAAAAAAUAAGAAAAUUUAAGAAAAAACAGGAUAAAAUGAGAUUUUCAAUUAACACAAUGUACUAUAAAUGCAGUUUUGGUUUUAUUCCAUGCUGGCUUUUAAGUAGGGCAUGUAUGCAUGAGUUCAAUAGAUAUCAUUGCAUAUUUUACAACAGUUUGUGAUAAAUAACCUAAAGAACCUAAGUUGAUCUCUGCAGAGCUUGCAAUAACUAAUUAAUGGCACUUUCCAAGCCUCUUGAGUGCAUCAAAAAUCAGAAAACUGUCUCACACGUGUGCAUUUUUUUCUCCCAGGGGGAGCAUUCCCCCUAGUCUGAAACGGUCAUACAAAUUUGGCCCCACCACAUCUGUAGCUGUCGUGCCACCUCUGAUGUAGCAUC